UAUUAAGAUUUUUGAAUGGUUAAGCUCAAAUUUCUAUUAAUUUUUGGACAAGCUCAGCCAUUGUCUUUAACUGGCAAGUUAGGUAGGAGUGUUCCCACUAGAGUUUUUUCAAAACACAUAUUAUCUAGGCUACCCGGUGAGCUUGUUACUUGUGGUGUUAAAUUCUUUGGGAAUUUUACACAGUUUGCCCAUUGCCUUGGUAGACCCAGAUUGUACUCUACAGGAUCAUCAUUGACCCCAUUGUAUUUCGCUAGCAGAAGUAGUUGUAGCUGCAGACGUUUCAACAUGCCUCUUACCAAAAAGAAAUUUGAGCGUCUUCCAAAGACUGUUGUUCCUUCCAAUUAUAAACUGACCUUAAAACCAGACUUGAAGAAUUUUACAUUUGAAGGCUCUGUUGACAUCGCAGUUGAGGUUGUUUCAAACGUGAGUACAGUCAAACUCCAUGCUUGCGAGAUUGUGGUCCAUGAAGCUUUUUACCGAGAUGCUUUUUCUGAAACCAAGCUCAACGCAACUACAGAAUAUUAUAAAGAUGAUGAAGAGAUUGGCCUAAAGUUUUCCUCUGAUAUCACGGCUGGCAAAGGGACACUAUCUCUCAAAUUUUCUGGUGAGCUGAAUGAUAAAAUGAGAGGAUUUUACCGGAGCAAGUACACGCUGAAUAAUGAAGAACUCUAUGCAGCUGUGACACAAUUUGAAGCAACAGAUGCUAGAAGGGCUUUCCCGUGCUGGGAUGAACCAGCCAUUAAAGCUACUUUUGACAUAACUUUAAUAGUACCUGAAGGCAAAGUGGCUCUGUCGAAUAUGCCUGUGAUUUCAAGCCAAGAGCUAGGUGAUCAGCUGGUUGAAUACAAGUACUCCACUACUCCCAUCAUGUCCACUUACCUAGUGGCCUUCGUAGUUGGGGACUAUGAUUACCUGGAGGCAGUGGAUGAAGAUGAUGUGUUAGUCAGGGUCUACACUCCAAAAGGAAAACAGGAACAAGGCAGAUUUGCGUUGGAUGUAGCUGUUAAGACUUUGCCAUUUUACAAAAAGUAUUUUGGCAUUGCUUAUCCUUUACCCAAAGUUGAUCUGAUAGCCAUAGCUGACUUCUCAGCAGGUGCCAUGGAGAACUGGGGUUUAAUUACAUACAGAGAAACAGCUCUGUUGGUAGAUCCUGAGAACUCCUCGGCUAGAAUCAAGCAAUGGGUGGCUCUGGUGGUGGGACAUGAGUUGGCCCAUCAGUGGUUUGGCAACUUGGUUACCAUGGAAUGGUGGACCCACCUCUGGCUGAAUGAAGGCUUUGCAUCCUGGAUUGAAUAUUUGUGUGUAGAUUACUGCUUCCCUGAGUAUGAUGUAUGGACCCAAUUUGUCAACAAUGACCUGGGACAAGCUUUGGAGAUGGAUGCUCUGGAUAACAGCCAUCCCAUAGAGGUUGAAGUUGGGCAUCCAUCAGAAGUGGAUGAAAUCUUUGAUGCCAUCUCCUACAGCAAAGGCUCAUCUGUGAUUAGAAUGUUGCAUGAAUAUUUGGGUGACCAGGAUUUCCGUAAAGGCAUGAAUGUCUACUUGACCAGACAUCAGUACAAGAACACUUUCACUGAAGAUCUGUGGGACGCGUUGGGAGAGGCCAGCGGGAAACCUGUUGGGAAAAUCAUGUCCACUUGGACCAAGCAAAUGGGCUUUCCUGUUUUGAAGGUCAGUCAAGUGCAAGAUGGUCCAGACAGAAGACUGACCAUCUCACAAUCUAAAUUUACGGCUGAUGGGUCGCCUGCAAAUGAUAGUUACCAGUGGCUGGUCCCUCUGCUGACGUCAACUCAGUCAGAACCCCGUAAGCCGCAGGUACUGGCUUUGCUGGAGGAUAAAACCCAGGAGUUUGUCAUUCCCAAUGUACCAGAAGGAGACUGGGUGAAGCUGAACGCUGGUACUAUUGGUGUGUACAGAGUCAUGUACCCUUCUGACAUGUUGGAAGCACUAAUACCAGCAGUGAAAGAUUUGUCUUUGCCCCCUAAGGACAGGCUAGGUCUCCAGUCUGAUCUGUUUGCACUGUCUAGAGCAGGAUUGAGUUCAGCUGUAGAUGUCCUGAAAGUGAUUGAAGCCUUUGAGAAUGAGAAAGACUACACAGUAUGGUCCAACUUGUCCUCAAACAUCGCUUCCAUCAGCACCAUCCUUCAGUAUGCUGAAGACAUCUACCCACUGUUUAAGAAAUUUGUUAGAAAACUUUUCACCAACAUAGCAUUAACUGUAGGCUGGGAUGCUCAACCAGGAGAAGAUACACUUGUUCCUUUGCUGAGAGAAGUCGUCUUGUCCAGGAUGGGGCGUUGUGGGGAUGAAGCAACUGUGGCAGAGGCUAGGAGAAGGUUUGAGGCUCACGUUAAUGGCACUGCCAAGCUACCUGCUGAUCUUAGAUCAUGUGUUUACACUACAGUUCUACACAAUGGUGAUGCUGAAACAUUUCAACAAGUUAUGAAGCUGUAUGAUGAAGCAGAUAUGCAGGAAGAGAAAGUCAGACUCAGCCGUGCCAUGGGCUCUGUUCAGGACAAGGAACUCAUUGAAACAGUUCUAGAGUUCUCUUUGUCAGAAAAAGUAAGGUCCCAGGAUGCAGUGUUUGUCAUCGGUAGCACAACAGGUUCUGUAGUAGGCAGAGAACUAGCUUGGGAGUUUAUGAAAAACAAGUUCUCUAUACUGAAUGAACGCUAUGAAGGUGGAUUUCUUUUAUCUAGGCUAGUGCAGUCAACUACUGAAUCAUUUGCAACAGAAGAGAAAGCACAGGAAAUAGAGGCUUUCUUCAAGGAGCAUCCCAUGCCAGCAGCCGAGAGAACUGUUCAACAAAGUAUUGAAAACAUCAAGCUCAAUGCAAAGUGGUUGCAGCGGGAGUUGAAAACUGUUCAAGAAUUCCUGAAAUCCUCCACCUAGAUCUUGUAUUCAUUGUUUUACUCGUGAAUAGUAGUGCAAAUAUUUCUCAUGUUACUUGAUGGAACUAUCAGCUGCUCAAAAGUCUAUCUACUUGAUGUCUUGUCAUUGACAACAAAAAUAGUUUUAAAACUUUUUUUUUUUUUUUUUUAUCUUUGGUUUUCUUGAUUAUAUAAAAUUAAGUUUUCUUGAUUUUUUUUUUUUAAAUUAGUAUUUCUUAAAAUUUUUAAAUUAUAAUUUGUUGAAGCCCAAAAUGACCUGGAGACUCGCUGUAAGGACACAGUAAAAGUCAUUUUUUGUGUCUUUUGCAUGAAUCCCAAACAAAUACAGAAUGUAUAAGUAAAAAGAUAGAACGACUUCAAAUCUUUAACUGCUGAAACUUACAGUAAUUAUAAACAGCAUUGGUCAAUCAAUAGUACUUUAAAAACAUGGAAUCAUUUCAUUCUAGAAAUUGAAUUAAAUAAGAAUGUUAACGCCCAAGUUUGUUAAUGCUCUAUAUAGACACUAUAAGCAACAAUAAAGAAAAAAAUCUGACCCCUAAAUGGCACUUAAUGUUCAGGAAUUAAAAUCGGUUUAGAACCUUUGGGGCUACGCAAAACAGGAUCAACAAAAUCAUUCAAAUUUAGAAUAAUGAUAAAUCUAACAUGUGGAGUUAAAGAAAGGUUUUUCUAUCGGAUAUUCUUCCAGUGGAAAUUUGUCAUGCAUUACAUACAAUGUGUAUGCUUCAGGGAAGCCGUUUUAAUAUUUGUUUCUUAGAGCAGUACCUUCAGAUCCUAACAAAAGAACUUUGAGUAUUUUAUAUAUUUUUCAUGUUUUUAUUGCACAAACAUUGGGGGCUUCCAAUACAUUCAUCCACUUUAAGCUCAUGUCAUCAGCACGGAAACAGGAGGCAUCCAAUACAUUCAUCCACUUUAAGCUCAUGUCAUCAGCACGGAAACAGGAGGCAUCCAAUACAUUCAUCCACUUUAAGCUCAUGUCAUCAGCACGGAAACAGGAGGCAUCCAAUACAUUCAUCCACUUUAAGCUCAUGUCAUCAGCACGGAAACAGGAGGCAUCCAAUACAUUCAUCCACUUUAAGCUCAUGUCAUCAGCAUGGAAACAGGAGGCAUCCAAUACAUUAAUCCACUUUAAGCUCAUGUCAUCAGCACCGAAACAAGGGAGCACCCAAUGCCUGCAUUUUUAUUGAUCACACCAGCAAGGGCCUCCGAGUUUAGACCUUUGUAUUCAGGGAGAUGUUCUGUUCAAUUAACUGAAAUGUUUAUUAAUGAUCUAAAAACAUUGAUAGGAAGCUUACCUAGUUACCUGCACCUUGGGAUCACUCUACUAUAGCAUGUAGAAAAGAAGACAUUUGCAUAUUUUAAAAAAAAGGUCUGGUGCUGUCAGUCGCAACCCUGCACGCCACCAGCAUCAAUUCUCUCUUUUUGUCACAAUAGAAACCUAGAUGUUUUCCCAGUACAGCACUGAUCCCUGUUGCUUCACUUAACAGAGAAGGCCUGGCCAGCUGUCUGGUCAGCUUCUGGACUCUGCAGUUGGGUGAUGCUUCACAUCAUGGUCAUCAAGACAGUAUUACAGUUUGUUCACUUUUUUUUUUUUUUAUGACUGAAUUUUGGUUUUUAGAAUCUUAUAAUGAUUUUUGUUUUUCUUUAUUUCAUAAAUUUAGUUAUAAAUCUGCAUUAGUGAAAUGAUUCGCUUGCAUGAAGGUAGUUUCUAAACAAUAAAUGAAUGUAUGUGACUCAGUUUAUAACUGAUUAAGAGUUAACAUCAUUUUGUUCAAUAUAAAUUGUUGUUGCAAUUAUUCAAGUGGACCAAUAACCGUCUCACCUAAGAGCUUUAGUUUUAUCGAAGAGUGUAAAAAAAACUAGAGUGAAGGUACUGAGUGUAACACUUGGGCAUGACUUAGUCAUGGCAUGAUUCGUUUUUCCUCAAGAUCUUUUUUCUUAGCUGUUGUAGACUUAGUUACCAGAGUUGUGAGACUUAAGAUGUAUAGUGCCAAAACUGUUCACUAAAACUUGCAACACUUAUCAUGGCAAGCUCUUAUGAGUUCAACUGGGAUGACUUAUCUACCUUGGCUAAGUUUACACUCUAGUUUUUUUUCUUACACAUUCGGUUGCUUAUGUUGUUUUUUAGUCACAAUGGUUGCUGUUUGUUAGGUAAUGCCAAUAUAAAUUUUGAAAUGCAAAAUGUUUUGCAUCAUUAUAAUAUUUAAAUAAAAAAAUUAAUAUGUUUUUA